AUGGCUGAUGAUAGUCUUAGAUCGCACUCGUCACCAUAUCCUGAAGAUAUCGAAAAGCCAACCCCUCAAAAGCCUUGGCAAGAAGGGCUUUACGCACUCCGACGCCAACUUGCUCCAGCAAGAGAAGCAACAAUCCGUGCAAAGGAAGCAGCACAGCAUGCAGAGGAAGCAAAACGGUGUGCGCUGGCACAACUUCGUCAAGCUGAUCAAGCACAAAGUUCUAGGCCUGGGCGAAGGACAGGAGCCAGGCCCCGCCAUGUUGGAGGAGCCGGCCCGUCGUCUAUUAUAGCAGCAGACCCCCCGUCUAUCAACCCAAGACUUCAAGCACCCGAAGAUGCCGCAGCACAGGAACAAAGGCUACGACCAGAUACAGAACGAAGGCUACGCGAGUCUGGUCUUUGGCGGAGUGAGCGACCUGAAAGAAGCGCAGCAAUCAUCCCUUGCGACAGCCGGAGUAGUGCAGAUCCAAGACUUCAAGCACCCGAAGAUGCCGCAGCACGGGAACAAAGGCUACGACCAGAAACAGAACGAAGGCUACGCGAGGCUGGUCUUUGGCGGAGUGAACGACCUGAACGAAGCGCAGCAAUCAUCCCUUGUGAUAGCCGGAGUAGUGCAGAUCCAAGGGCUCCUUCCAUUGGGUUGAAAAGGACAACGACAGAAAGUCCGCAAAUAGCUGGUCUUCGGCCGAAGCGAGCGCAUGGGCUAAGCAACGGAGCUAGUCCAGGAAGACAAACGAGCCUUCAAGCCGCUACUCACGACGGUGAAAGCCCUGGACUACCAAGAGGAGCCAGUCCUCAGGGCGAUAGAGCAGACCGGUCAACGAGAAAAGUGAGCCCUCCUCAAGCGAGCUCGGAAACCCGAUCCGGACAAGCUAGACAGCGUAGUCCACAGAGAAGCGGAGAGGCCGCGUGGCUAGGCUUCGUCCAACGCGGUGAAAAGGGCAGAAAACAAGGGGAAGCUCGUCAAACCAGCGACGAAGCUGGGUCUCCAGCGCCGUAUAUUGUCAGGGGAGACCCCUAUUUCGAUAUUCUUGAAGAGGCAAUCCAGUCGCUCAAAAGAAGGCGCAACCAAAUUAAGACACAGUACUCUGACACCGGAGGGGUCAGGGAAAAAAAGCACGGGGAAAUUGAUGAGAGAAUCCAACAGUUAACAGAUGAAUUGAAACGCGUCAACAAGGCCCGUCCCGUUGAAACAGAAGCUGAAUUCAUCGCAAGGACAGGAAGUCAGCCCGAAUAUCAUGGGUACAUUGGGGCGGUGCUGAAUCGGACCGAAGAUCCCGCUAAGCGCCACCAAAUUUUGAAGAAAGAUCUUUCAAAUUUAGUGUCAAAAUGGGACGACAGAGUGCGCGAUGAGUGCCUGAUAGAGCAGUAUCGACAAAUUUUGAUGGAAUUGUCAUCGAGGAUCCAAGCUACGGAGCUACAUCCAGACAGUGCCGAGAGGAGAGUUGAUACUUUGCCUCGUAUGAAUACGAAUGCUGCUGCUGCUAUGCAAUCUCCGCCUACUCCUAACCUAUCUGCUGCUGCUGCGGCGGCGGCGGCGGGUGGAAGUGCUCCAAGUGACGCUGCUCCAAGCCAACAGGCUCAGAAUGGUGGAUCUAUGAGUACAUCUCCUUGGAGUGGCCGUGGUAGGGUAGGUAGACCUCCUGGGAGAGGCCGUGGGAGGGUGGGUAGACCUCCAGGGAGUGGCCGUGGCCGUGGUCGUGGUAAUUUGAGACCAACUAGCAAUGUUAGUGUUCCCAGUUGCACCGAACCAGGCGCUGCAACUGCGCCGCUACCAGCGAAUCCGCUUCAAGGUGUCGCUCCUAGUUUUGUUGCUGCAACUGCGCCGCUAUCAGCGAAUCCGCUUCCAGGUGUCGCUCCCACUAGUGCUGCUCCCAGUGUUGUUGCUGCUCGUGAUGUUGCUAUCGACCGAAACCUGGAUCCGAAUAAUGCCCUUGGCGGUUCUGCUCCGGAUACUAGUGCUACUCCUAUUUAG